UAGCAGCUUCAGGAAGUGUGAAAGUGGUUUGUAAGGCUGUGUCUGUCAGUGUUUGUCUCAUACGGUGUGUGUGUAAGCAAACCGGAGAAACAUGCCUGGAUCACGGUCCCUCUGCUGCCAUGUCAACACGGCCACCCGAGCUUCUGCCAUCUUCUACUUGGUGUAUAAUCUGCUGGUGGCUGUGGAUAUGACCAGUGGAAUAAUCCAAGAGAAAGAUCCAAUCACCGUGUCCCUUACUGAAAUGAAACGUAACCAUGGCAAUUGCGUCUUUGAAAUUACCACCAACUUCAUUACACUGCUUCUGAUGUCGUUCUCCAGUGUACUGGUAAUGCUGUCUCACCGUAAGGGGCCAAUGUGUGUGAUGCCGUUUAUGCUGUUCAUGUUUCUUGAUGUGGCUUUGAGUCUUCUCUCCCUGUUUGAUGCUCGAUUUGGACUUCCCGGCACUCCCACAUAUGAAGACGCUCUACGGCUGGCUUCAAACCUCAAAGGUGGUGUUGGGUUGGAUGGAGAGGAACUGAGCCGCAUCACCUUGAUAUUCGGAGUCCUCUUUGUGAUGUACAUACUGCUGAAGGUGUAUAUGCUCCAUGUGUCCACUCGCUGUUACUAUGCACUGAAGGGAGAGUGUAUCUCAGAGGCUGAAAGCUCUGUGAUGGUGAAACUUCCCUCCUAUGAUGAGGCGCUGAAGAUGAAACCCGAGGCCAUGCUCCCUAAGUAUCAGGAGGCAUAAAGCAAGCACACAAACUUAUCUCAAGCACUUCAUUCUGUGCAUUCUUUGUGUAUGAUGCAGUUGUAUACCAGCAUCAUACACAGAGGCACAUAUCUAUGAACAAAUAAAAAGACACAAAAUUC